UCCUCGCGGUGGCUGCAACGAUUGUAGCUUUGGCUUCUCUGGCCAAUGGUGGUGGUGGUGGUGGCAAUGGCAGGAGUAAAAAAAAGAAACAAGACAUGAGAGACGAUGUAGUGGUUAUUCUGCAAGCUGCUGCAACUCUAGAUGGUGGCGGUUGUGGCAGUGGUGGUGGAAAUUGA